AUGGCAAAUCGGACAGUAAAAGAUGCAGUCACUGUAAAAGGGACAAAUCCGCAAUAUUUGGUGGAAAAAAUUAUUCGUACACGAAUUUAUGACUCGAAAUAUUGGAAAGAAGAAUGUUUUGCGUUAACUGCGGAACUUUUGGUAGACAAAGGAAUGGAGCUACGGUAUAUCGGUGGAAUCUAUGCAGGAAACGUGAAACCAACGCCGUUUUUAUGCCUAUGUUUGAAAAUGCUCCAAAUUCAACCAGAAAAAGAUAUCGCCGUUGAGUUUAUUCGACAGGAAGAAUACAAGUAUAUUCGCGCACUAGGAGCAAUGUACAUUCGGCUUACAUUCACUUCUAUCGAAGUUUACAAAUACUUGGAACCCUUAUACAACGAUUAUCGGAAAUUGCGAAUAAUGAACAACGAUGGAAGAUUUGAAAUUGUUCACAUGGAUGAAUUUAUUGAUAAUUUGUUGCGUGAGGAGCGAUACUGUGAUAUUCAUUUACCGAGGAUACAGAAACGAAUUACUUUGGAGGAAGUUGGAGAAUUACAACCAUAUGUUAGUGCACUCGAUGAAGACCUUGAUAAAUUGUCAUCAUCAGAAUCCGAAGACGACGACGACAGAAUUCAUAAAAGAAAAGAACGCUCAAAGGGUGUGCCUCGUCGACGUAGUUAUUCAAGAGAACGUGAACGUGAGGUGGAUCGAGGUAGGGAUAGAGAUAGAGAUAGAGAGCGAGAACGUGAGAGAGAUCGUGACAAUGAUCGCGAUAAAGAAAGAAACAGGGACCGCGAUCGACGACAUCGUUCACCGGAGUAUCGUGAUAGAGAACGAAACAGUCGGAAGGACAAGGAACGUGAAAAGGAUCGAGAACGGUGA